AAAGCAUUGCGGAUUGCACGCGCAGUCUCGCUUUCACCGGUGGUUCAACUGCCCUCAAGUUUCAGAGAAGAUCUCGUGGAGUACCUAUUUUGCAAAUUGUGGCUGACUUUAUUUCUGCAACAAGUGAAUUGCUGAGUUUUGAUUAAUGGCUCAACCUCGGCUUACUGGAGCUCUCCGUUCCUUUUCAAAUGUCAGCAGGAAAGAUGAUUACAUUCUGCAGCCCUUUGAUUUGAAGUCUAAGAGAUUGAAAAGACAAGAAGUGUUUUCUAAAGCUAGCUUAACUUGGAAGAAGAUUGUCCAAUUCAUCAAUGAACACCUGGGCAAGAAAGAACAGCAGGUGGUAACUGAAGAAUUGAGAGCAGUGCUGCGGGCAGCAAAAGAGAUCGUUGGUGAUGAGUAUGGACAAGAAAUGAUUGAAAGUGCAGCUGUUUUCCUAUUUAAAAUAUUUUAUGAUAAAGACCAAGUUGGCCAUGAAGAAACAAGAGCUAUCAAACAAAUGUUCGGGCCUUUUCCAUUAUCCUCAGUAGAUGCUGCCUGCAGUGCCAUAAACAAGGUUGCUAGCUUCUUUGAGGAGACUCAAAUAGAAACUUUUCUCAAGGUUCACAGCAUCAGCCAUUUAAAAGACCAAGUGCCUUUUGGUAAAAAUAUCUCAUUCUCUUUUGAUAUGUACUCAGUAGAUACUUUCCUGGAUAUUUCAUUGAAAAUGAAAGAUAAUGAAGACACAAAAGGAUUCGGUUUAGAUUAUGAAAAAUAUUUAAAUAAUCAGCAAGAGCAACAAAAAGCUGUGUUUGUCAACACCGUGGACAUUAAUUCCCCCCAAGGAAUUGACGGCUCAUUUCUGAGCCGAGAGGUUGACAGGUAUUUGCUGCAUGGAACUUUGGGAUCUCCGAAUGCUUCUGACCUUUGUACAACACUGUUUGAAAUGUUAACGUCAAACAAAAGUGAUGAUGAACUCCAAAAUGAGUUGUUUGAGCUACUAGGACCUGAAGGUUUUGAGCUGAUUGAGAAACUUCUGCAGAAUAGAUUCGCUAUUGUGGAAAUUGCCCUUAACACAGUGCCUGAUGUAAAGCUGAAUAAUUUUCAUGAUGCUGCAAGAAGAGGAAUAGCAGAUAACACCACAAAACCCAUAUAUGGCUGUCAAGUUAAAAUACAGUCUGAACAAGAAAAGCAGCUGAUUAAACAGUAUCGUCGUGAGGAGAAAAAACUUGCUAAAAAAGAAAAAAAGGGUGAAGAUUCUGAAUUCUCUGGUGAAACCUCAAUUCACUUUGACCCAAAAGAGUUGAGACUUCAGAGAGAACAAGCUUUGCUAACAGCUCGCAUCUCUCCAAUUUUGAGCAGACAGAGAGAGUAUGAAAGAAUUCAUUACCCUCAUGUUUAUGAUUCCUAUGCUGAAGCAAUGAAAACAUCAGCAUUUAUUGGAGGAGCAAAGGUACUUCUACCAGAAGGUAUUCAAAGGGAAAAUAACAAAAUGUAUGAAGAAGUAAGGAUUCCUUCAAAUACACCUAUGCCAGCUGGGUUUGAGGAAAAACCAGUUUACAUCACUGAACUGGAUGAGAUAGGACAACUAGUUUUCAAAGGAAUGAAACGGCUAAACCGUAUACAGUCUAUAGUGUUUGAGACCGCUUACAACACCAAUGAAAACAUGUUAAUUUGUGCACCCACUGGAGCUGGAAAAACUAAUAUUGCAAUGCUAACUGUUCUUCAUGAAAUACGGCAGCAUGUUCAACAUGGAGUUAUAAAAAAGGAUGAAUUUAAGAUUGUGUAUGUUGCUCCAAUGAAGGCCUUGGCUGCUGAAAUGACAAAUUACUUCAGCAAUCGUCUGGAGCCACUAGGUAUUGCUGUGAAGGAGCUAACGGGUGACAUGCAACUGACAAAAGGUGAAAUCCUCCGGACUCAGAUGUUGGUCACAACACCUGAGAAAUGGGAUGUGGUUACCAGAAAAAGUGUUGGUGAUAUUGCUCUUUCCCAAAUUGUCCGGCUUCUUAUAUUAGAUGAAGUCCAUUUACUUCAUGAAGACAGAGGGCCAGUGCUGGAAAGUUUAGUGGCAAGAACACUUCGUCAGGUGGAGUCUUCCCAAAGUAUGAUAAGAAUAUUAGGACUUUCUGCAACACUUCCUAACUACCUUGAUGUGGCUACAUUUCUCCAUGUUAACCCUUUUAUUGGUCUCUUCUACUUUGAUAGUAGAUUUAGACCAGUUCCACUUUGCCAGACCUUUAUAGGAAUUAAAACAACAAACAAGGUUCAGCAUCUGCAUGACAUGGAUGAAGUGUGUUAUGAUAAAGUGUUUGAGCAAAUAAGAUCAGGGCAUCAGGUCAUGGUAUUUGUACAUGCCAGAAAUUCCACAGUGAAGACUGCUUUGUCUCUUAUUGAAAUGGCAAAAAAUCGUGGAGAAGCAUCCUUUUACAUGACAGAGCAAGGGGCAGAUUAUGGGCGGUGUGAAAAACAGGUGCAGAAAUCUCGUAACAAGCAGUUACGUGAAAUGUUUCCAUGUGGCUUUGGUAUUCAUCACGCUGGAAUGCUACGACAAGACCGGAACAUAGUGGAGCACCUUUUUUCUCGUGGAUUCAUUAAAGUCUUGGUCUGCACAGCUACUCUGGCCUGGGGAGUCAACCUUCCUGCACAUGCAGUAAUAAUAAAAGGAACCCAAAUAUAUGAUGCAAAGCGAGGAGCAUUGGUAGAUCUGGGAAUUCUUGAUGUUAUGCAAAUAUUUGGACGUGCAGGUCGACCACAGUUUGAUGAUUAUGGCGAAGCCACGAUUAUUUCAUCUCAUGAUAAGCUGAGCCAUUAUCUUACUCUACUUACUCAACAAAAUCCCAUAGAGAGUCAGUUUUUGGAUAGCCUGCCUGACAAUUUGAACGCGGAGAUUGCAUUAGGAACGGUAACAAAUGUGGACGAAGCAGUAAAAUGGCUUAGCUACACAUACCUCUAUGUGCGAAUGAGAGUUAAUCCUCUAGCCUAUGGCAUCAAUCACAAAAUAUAUCAGAUGGACCCAAGUUUGGAAAAUUACCGUACAGAACUUGUAAAGGAGUCAGGCCGAAAGCUUGACAAAGCUAGAAUGAUUCGAUUUGAAGAGAGGACAGGAUAUUUUUCAUCGACAGAUUUGGGUAGAACUGCUAGUCACUUCUACAUUAAAUAUAACACAAUGGAGACAUUUAAUGAACUUUUUGCUGUACACAAUACUGAAGCUGACAUCCUUUGCAUUGUGUCCAAAGCAGAGGAGUUUGAGCAGGUCAAGGUGAGGGAAGAAGAAAUGGAAGAACUGGAGCAUUUGCUUAACAAUUAUUGUGAGCACCCUGCUGCUGGUGGGGUGGAAAAUGGCUAUGGAAAAAUAAACAUUCUUCUCCAGACAUAUAUCGGGCGUGGGGAGGUUGACAGCUUCUCUCUUAUUUCAGACCUCAUGUAUGUUGCUCAGAAUGCUGCUCGAAUUGUUCGAGCCCUUUUUGAGAUUGCUCUUCGAAAACGAUGGCCUACAAUGACUUAUCGCCUGCUUAACCUUUGUAAGGUUAUAGACAAACGAUUAUGGGGAUGGGCAAAUCCACUUCGGCAAUUUCCAGUACUGCCAGGUUCUGUGAUCUCUAAAUUGGAAGACCGCAACCUUAGCAUAGAUAAAUUAAAGGAUAUGAGAAAAGAUGAAAUAGGUCACAUGCUGCAUCAUGUGAACAUUGGGUUGAAGGUCAAGCAGUGUGUCCAUCAAUUCCCUGCAAUACUUAUGGAAGCCAGCAUCCAGCCUAUCACACGCACUGUUCUUAGAGUCAGGCUCACAAUUACCUCAGAUUUCAAGUGGAAUGAUCAGGUUCAUGGAUCAGUUAGUGAACCUUGGUGGAUCUGGGUUGAAGAUCCAGCUAAUGAUCACAUUUAUCAUUCUGAAUAUUUUCUACUUCAAAAAAAACAGGUUGUCACCAAUGAAUCUCAAUUUUUGGUAUUUACCAUUCCAAUCUUUGAGCCUAUGCCUUCACAAUACUAUAUUCGGGCAGUGUCAGACAGAUGGCUUGGAGCCGAAGCGGUUUGUAUCAUUAAUUUUCAACAUCUCAUACUGCCAGAGAGACAUCCACCACACACAGAGCUACUAGAUCUUCAGCCUUUGCCCGUCACUGCUUUGGGGAACAGAGAAUAUGAAGCUUUGUACAAAUUUACCCAUUUUAACCCAGUUCAGACUCAGAUAUUCCAUACUUUGUACCACACGGAUAGCAAUGUUCUUCUUGGAGCACCUACAGGCUCGGGAAAAACAGUUGCUGCUGAAAUGGCAAUAUUUCGAGUCUUCAGUAAAUACCCCUCCUCCAAGGCAGUGUAUAUUGCUCCUUUAAAAGCACUCGUCAGGGAAAGAAUAGAGGACUGGAAAAUAAGAAUAGAAGAAAAAUUAGGGAAAAGAGUUGUUGAGUUAACUGGGGAUGUCACUCCAGAUAUAAAAGCAAUUGCUCAGGCUGAUCUCAUUGUAACCACACCGGAGAAAUGGGAUGGAGUCAGCAGAAGUUGGCAAAAUCGAAGUUAUGUGCAGAAAGUUGCAAUUAUUAUCAUUGAUGAGAUCCAUCUACUAGGAGAAGAAAGAGGUCCUGUACUAGAGGUUAUUGUGUCAAGAACUAAUUUCAUUUCAUCUCACACUGCAAAACCUGUGAGAGUUGUAGGAUUAUCCACAGCUCUGGCAAAUGCAAAGGAUCUAGCUGACUGGCUAGGCAUAGGACAGUUGGGCCUGUUCAAUUUUCGACCUUCUGUUCGUCCUGUUCCACUGGAAGUACACAUUCAAGGAUUUCCAGGGCAGCACUACUGUCCACGCAUGGCCAGCAUGAACAAGCCAUCUUUCCAAGCUAUUCGAAGCCAUUCACCAUCCAAACCAGUGUUGAUCUUUGUCUCAUCAAGACGACAGACUCGUCUUACUGCUAUUGACUUGAUUACUUUUCUGGCCACUGAAGAUGAUCCCAAACAGUGGCUUCAUAUGGAUGAAACAGAGAUGGCUGAUAUUAUCUGUACAGUAAGGGAAUCUAAUCUCAAAUUCACCUUGGCCUUUGGAAUUGGACUGCAUCAUGCUGGUCUGCAUGAGAGAGACAGGAAGACAGUGGAAGAGCUUUUUGUUAAUUGCAAAAUUCAGGUAUUGAUUGCCACCAGCACUCUGGCAUGGGGAGUGAAUUUUCCAGCUCAUCUUGUUAUUGUUAAAGGAACUGAAUUUUAUGAUGGGAAAACACGACGUUAUGUUGACUAUCCCAUUACAGAUGUUUUGCAGAUGAUGGGGCGUGCUGGCAGGCCCCAGUUUGAUGACCAAGGAAAAGCUGUAAUUCUUGUUCAUGACAUUAAAAAGGAUUUUUAUAAAAAAUUUCUGUAUGAACCUUUCCCUGUUGAAUCAAGUUUGCUGGGUGUGUUUGCAGACCAUUUAAAUGCUGAAAUUGCUGCUGGAACAAUUGCAUCCAAACAAGAUGCCAUGGAUUACAUAACGUGGACAUACUUCUUCCGUCGCCUUGUAAUGAACCCCAGUUAUUACAGUUUGGAGGAUGUGAAUCAUGACACCAUCAACAAGUACCUCUCCAAUUUAGUUGAAAAGUGUCUUCUAGACUUGGAAUGUUCAUACUGCAUAGAAAUAGGAGAGGACAAUCAUGCUAUUGAAACUUUAACAUAUGGACGCAUUGCUUCUUAUUAUUACUUGAAACACCAGUCAGUAAGGAUGUUUAAAGAAAGACUGAAAGCCGAUUGUACUCUGGAAGAUUUGUUGUUCGUUCUUUCAGAUGCUGAAGAGUAUUCUGAACUACCUGUGAGGCACAAUGAAGACCAAAUGAACAGUGAUCUGGCAUCUCUUCUUCCCAUCGAAGUAAAUCCUCAUUCAUUUGACAGUGCUCACACCAAGACUCACUUGUUGCUUCAGGCCCACUUCAGCCGAACUCCAUUACCUUGUCCUGACUAUGCAACUGAUACAAAAACUGUGCUUGACAAUGCAAUCAGAAUAUGCCAGGCAAUGCUUGAUGUUGCAGCAAAUGAAGGGUGGUUGGUCACUGUAUUGAAAAUCUGUAACCUCAUUCAGAUGAUUGUUCAGGGACGAUGGCUAAGUGAUUCAUCACUGCUGUUACUACCAAACAUUGAGCAGCAGCAUCUUUACCUUUUCAGAAAAUGGAACCCUGAGAAAAGGAAAAACAACAGUGGAGGAUACCAGGGCCCUGUUGAAUGUCUUCCUGAACUUAUAGCUGCUUGUGAUGGAAGAGAAAAUAUAUUUACUUCUAUUGUGUCUACUGAAUUACAACCAGCCCUUAUUUCACAGUCUUGGUCUUUCCUGUGUCUGCUGCCAGUUAUUGAAGUUGGCAUGAGCAUCAAAGGCUCCUGGGAAGAUAGUCAGGAACAAAGUGAAAAAAUUCUUCCUCUUGGUGUAUCUGAAGUCAGGAAUGAGAAAAAUUGGUUGUCUGUACACGCUGACCAAGAGUAUGUACUGCAGAUAAAUCUUCGCCGCAUCAUUCAAGGACAUCAGAAGAAGAAAAAGGACAGCAAAGCAGUUGCACCUCGGUUCCCUAAAGCAAAGGAUGAAGGCUGGUUCAUAAUCCUGGGUGAAGUUGACAAAAAGGAGUUACUGGCUUUAAAAAGAAUAGGUUACAUAAGGAAUAGAAGCACAGCAUUAGUCGCAUUCUUUUCGCCUGAAAAAUUUGGCAGGUACAUCUAUACACUUUAUCUGAUGAGUGACAGCUACCUUGGCAUGGACCAGCAAUAUGACAUUUAUCUAAAUGUUAUACCCAGCAGCACCUCUGCCCCAGUCAACAGUGACAUCUCAGAUGCCUUAAAGAAUAUGGCCCUGGCAUAACAUUACUUGUUUUAACCAGAUGAGAGCAUCAGCAUUGCCGCAAAGAUUGGACCAGUGUGAUGGGCGAUGCAGAAAUGACUUGAUAUUUGCCUUAGCAGAUGCAACUUCUAACCUCAGAGACAAAGGAAAUUGGAAAUGGCAGCUUGAGGUGACCUUUGCUAUAGACAGGCCACAGAGCUCUGAUGGCCUUACACAAUUUUGCUUUUUCAUUAAAUACUAUUGUCAGAUUGCUGGACAAAAAGGUGAAAGUGAUAUGGCAGCUGUAAAGCACAGCAUACACAACCGAUCAAUGAUAAACUUCAGCCACAGUGCAUGAUAGGGUGAAAAUUAGUCCCAUGCCAAGGAGGAAUAAAUGGAUAAUAGUUUGCCGUUUCAUUGUUAUUGAAAGCUAAGAAAUAAAGGAUUGCCAAAAUCAUUUUACUACAAUAAUAAACCAAUUAUUGUGCAAAAAAGCCUUAGGAGUGUGUGAUUUCAGUUUAUUAAUGAUGAGGAAUGACAGCAAGUUUGGGCUUUGAGAGUCACAUGUUUUGUGUAGUAUAAAGGUAAAAUGUAAGUAAUACACCUAACCAUCUGUUUCAGCUUCAGAUGGUUGAAACUGUUGUUUCUUAUGGCGUAUUCAGAAAAGAAAAAACAGUUGUAAAUGUGUUUGGAAGUCUGAAUAUAGUCUUCAUACUGCUGCAUUUGUUGCCAUUCUCAAAGUCAUUUAAAUGUUUUUCGUAACAGAACAAAUACAUACAAUUUGUGAUUUUUUCCUCCUUUUUCACUUUAUGUGAAGCAUGUUCAUUGCUUUCUUGCUGUUCAUGUCCAAACUGUUUUUAUUUUAGUAAUGUAAUCUCAUUUUAUCAAUGUAAAUCAUUUUCUUCGAAGUGUUUUUGAGAAUCAUGAAACUAGAAAACCAAAAAAGGGUGUUGUGAUCAUUACCUAUUGUGAUCUUGUAAUUAUUAAUACUGUUUAGUCAGUAAAGCUAUACAUAUGAUGCUGGUAUUGUUUCAUAAUACACUUACUUGUACUCUUCUCACCCUUCAUUACAUGAGUCUUAUGAACCAAUUUAUAUUAUAAUGAGAAAUUUUCAGACGUUGAUGCUACAUUUCACACCAGAAUAUAUGGUGUUCCAAAGAAAAAAGUGAUGUUGAAGUAAAAUAAUUAUUUUGAUGAGGUUAGAAUGUGGCCUUUUCUUGAAAAUAAAUAUACUCAAUUUUGAGUAUUAUUUGUUAUGGCUUUCAGUCAAGACAUGUUUCCCUAAAAGUGGUGAAAAUUAUUUCUUAGUGGCCAUGUUAUCAAAUUCAUUGUUUCCCUUUGGUUUAACAUGGCAUGUAAUAACUGAGUGGUUUUGUUAUUGAAGUCACCAAAUAAGUUCUAAACAGCCCUACUAAAAUAAAAUAAAAAUAAAGACGCAUUGACCUGUAAUCCUGUGUCAGAGGGGUCCAAUAUAACUACAGUUAAUAAUAAUAAUAAUAAUUCAUUACAUUUAUAUAGCGCUUUUCUCAGUUGAUUUAAAUAAACAAAAACAGAAGCACUCAGGGACCUCUGAGCAUUAUGUGAGCAUUCCAAAAUCAAAGGUACAGUGUGGAAAACAGCUGUGCCUAAAGUCAAAUGCAUUCUGUUUUAUUGUUAUUUCCCAUCUUUCAUUGAUUAAGUACCCAAUGGGCAAAUAUAAAAAUUUUGACUUAGAAAAGAACCUGUAAAACAGUUACCUACAUGGAGUCACUGCCUUUUUUAUGGAGAUCAUUUGUCUUCUUAAUUGCUUUGCUUUUACCAGUAUACUACAAUUUUUAAUCUUUCUUUUAUUAAUGAUGCAUUAGUUGGUAGUAAUGUGGUUGUUAAUGAACCAUAAUAAUCUAGUGUAAAGUAAAAUACAGGUUUUUACUGUUUGUAUGCCUUUUGCAGAAUGUCAUUUUUAUUAUGAAUGUUUACUUAACAUUAAAUGCAUUAAUUCUUCCCCUGUAACAAAGCAAAAAUGUUUAUUUGCCUCAUAUAAAAUCCAAAAUGAAACGGCAUUGUACUAAUCUCUUUACAGAUGCUCUUCAUUUAACAUUGGAAUUGGAAAACACUAGAAAUGUGAUAUAAAUAUUUAUCUUGCAAAGCUUUCCAUGACCUUGUCUGUGCUUCUCGAAAACUUGGUUACCUGUUUAUCAUUGACGCCUGUAGCAUUUGAUGUGCUUAUAAAGUGAGAGUUCAGUGACUGUCAAAUGAAUGAAUGAAAUGCAUGCAUUCUCCUAAUUAAAGUGAUUAAGUACUGUCAUCUAUCAUUAGAGAGGAUUCUCUGCAACUACCGACUGUAUACAAAUGCUUUACGGAUUCUUAGCAGGCCUCACACUGCAACAGGUCACUAAUUAAUGGAGGAAACAACAUGUCUUUCAGUGAGUUAUUUGCACAGUUUGUUUUAGCUUUUUAUAAUCUUGAUUGGAAACUAAGUGUUGCCCUUCUAAUGAACUGUUUUUCACAAGUUAGGUGUGACAGCCGCAUAAACAUGAGCAGAGGAAUAAAUAUCAAGAAGUAAACAUGGAUGUCACCUGAGAAAUAAGUUAUCCUUAAACGUACGUAAGUCAUUGUUUUAUUUUUAUGUGCUGUAUCUUUAAAGUUAAUCACACACAGACUCUACUUUUAAAGUGUAUUGUAGAUCAACUAUAAAUAUGUAGAAAUUUU